UUCAGCCUUGCUCCGUGGGUACCAGUUGUGGGGCUGGAAAUUCAUGCACAGAUCAGCUCGAACUCAAAACUCUUCUCUGGUUCCCAAGUCCAGUUUGCAGCACCUCCCAACUCUUUGGUAUCUUUCUUUGAUGCCUCUUUGCCAGGAACUUUACCAGUUCUCAACAGGAGAUGUGUAGAAGCAGCAGUGAUGACAGGCCUGGCUCUCAACUGCAGCAUAAACAAGAAGUCCUUGUUUGACAGAAAACACUACUUCUAUGCAGAUCUGCCUGCUGGCUAUCAAAUCACUCAGCAAAGAGUUCCUAUUGCAGUGAAUGGAAGUCUGUCAUACAGUCUCUGCGUAGACAACAAAAUGAGCCAGAUGGUGACCAAAACUGUGAGGAUUAAACAAAUUCAGUUGGAGCAAGACAGUGGAAAAAGUCUCCAUGAUGAUAUAAGGAGCCAAACCCUUGUGGACUUGAAUAGGGCUGGAGUUGGUCUCAUGGAGGUUGUCAUGGAGCCUGAUAUGUGCUGUGGGGAAGAAGCAGCUGCAGCAGUCAGAGAGCUUCAGCUCAUUCUGCAAACACUUGGGAGCAGCCAGGCAAUCAUGGCAGAGGGUCAGCUGAGAGUGGAUGCCAAUGUUUCUGUGCAUCACCCUGGAGAGCCCUAUGGAGUGAGGACUGAAGUGAAGAAUAUCAAUAGCAUACGAUUUCUGGCAAAAGCAAUAGACUAUGAAAUACAGAGGCAAAUUGAAGAACUUGAAAAUGGAGGGACAAUUUUGAAUGAAACAAGAGCCUUUGAUUCUAAGCUUGGGUGCACAGUACCAAUGAGAGACAAGGAAGGAAAACAGGAUUAUCGGUUCAUGCCAGAGCCAAACCUUCCUCCAUUGAUUCUGUACGAUGCAAAAUCUUUGCCAGCUAAUAUGAACCAUCAGCAAGUGAUAAAUAUUGAUUGGAUUCAUGAGAGACUUCCUGACCUCCCCAGUGUGAAGAGGAAAAAGCUUGUUGAACAGUAUGGGAUUCUUCCUGAACACAGCUUCACCUUAUUGAAUGAAGACGGACUAGCAGAAUUCUUUGAAAGUGUGGUAAAACAAACCCAAAUGAAGCCAAAGAAGGUGAUCGGCUGGAUUCUAAAAGACCUGCUCAGUUACUUGAAACAACAUUCCCUUACAGUAAAGGAAAGCCCAGUCAGUUCUUUUCUCCUGGCUGACCUCUUGAACCUUCUACAAAAAAAAGAAAUCUCUUCUACAGCAGCAAAGCAGGUGCUUGCGGAAUUGUGGAAGGGAGAAGGGAAGACUCCUCUUGAAAUUGUUAAAGAACAGAAACUUGAACUGUUACAGGAUCAAAAAGAGCUUGAACAGAUCUGCCAGGCAGUGAUUGAUGGACAAGAAAAUGAGGUUAUGGCGAUCAAGGCAGGAAAUCCAAAAGUUCUAAAUAAGUUAAUUGGUCUGGUACAAAAGAAAACACAAGGACGUUCCAAUCCUGUUCUGGUGAAGCAAUUAUUAGAGAAGAAGCUAUCAGAGUAGCCACAAGAGAAAAAGCACACAAGCAACUAAGGAAGCAUGUGCUUCAUUCUGUCUGCAAGUGAACUUUGGUGUGUCCUUGUGCAGCAUCAUGCUUCUUGGAUAUACUUCAAGCAGCCUGAAGUCCCAGCCUUCCCUGGAUGCAUCAGCCAAAGGCAGAUGGGCCAGAGAAAAGCAGGAUACAGCCAUUUGCAUCUCCCAUGCUUUGAUGUGGCACUUGGAAAUGUGAUUUCCACACAGCCCUGGGAAACAAGCGCCCAGAGGUGUCUGUGAGUACACAGAGAGCUGAAACUGCAUGGGUCAGUUUUCCAAUAAAGCGGGUACAAACUCA